AUGAGUGAACACCAACCAAGAGGAAUAUUAAGAAAUAAAUCAGUAAGCGGAGAAAGCGGUGAUCAAGUGUCUCAACAUUCUCCUCAAAGUCACCAAAUACCGGACAAGUUGGAUCGUCAAGAAGUCAUUAAAAACACCAGACUCAAUGCGCAGUUGAAAUCCGAAUCCGCAAGAGGAGAUGCCAUAAGAGCCAAGAUUGCUGAAGAAAAGAGGAAACAAGGUAUUGAUCCCGAUGAUUUGUCUCAGUCUCCUCACGAACAUUUGAAAUGGGACGAGGUGAAUAUUUACAAAAAUGAACAAGAAAAGAGUGCCACUAUGAAAAUAGACGAGCCAAAGACACCGUAUGAGGGAGGAUUUAAUCCUGAAGGAGAAUACUACAAAGAUGACGAUAAUGAAGACGGGGAAAAUGGUGAAACUGAUAUUCCAGAGUUCGAGUUGGGCGAAGGUGAGUAUGACAAACUUUCUCAAGAUGCACAUUCUUCAUCUCUUCAUGGUGGACAAGUGAUUAAAGAUGAAAGCCAAAACCAAGAACAGGAUUGGGAUCAGAAUCGAGACGCAGAAGAGGAACAAGAUCAGGAACCACUUUCGGCUGAAGAAAGACAUAGAAGAUUUGAAGAGAAGAGGAAAGAGCACUAUCAUUUGAAAGCUCUUCCAUUAAAACACAAGAUAGACAUUCCUGAUGAAGACGACACUGAUGGUAACGCUAAUGAUGAAUGA